AUGGACGGAUUUGCCCACCUACUGAAUAUUCCUGGACUUCAAACGCUGUCGGAAAAAGAGCUUGUGAACCAAAUCGGACAGAUCAUCAUUGCGCCGCAGCAUUUCAGCCAUCCCCUUGCAGCCAGAUUUGAUUUGGCUAAGCUGCAGUUUUUAGAACCCAGGAAUGCGCUUCAUAUCCGAGUCAUAGAAGCCAAAAACCUUGUUGCCAAGGAAAUUUUAACCAAAUCAUCGAACCCUUAUGUUGUGAUAUGCGGAGGAGGAACAACAGCAAAGACAAGGGUGAUACACAAGAACUUGAAUCCAAAGUGGAAUGAGACCUUUGAGAUAUUAUAUUCUGACCUCCCAGACCAGGAGAUAGAAUUUAAUCUCAUCUCUGACAAAGGUGUUAAGAUAAACCAGCAAUUGGGCAGUUGCAGAAUUAGAAUUAAAGAGGUGCCAGAGAGAGGAUUCAUAGACAAGUGGAUAGAUUUGGAGAACGUAAAGUCUGGCCAGCUUCAUAUCAAGGUGACACAUCUCAGGCUACUUUCAGACCCAACCCAACUGGAAGAGGUGCUGAAAGUAAACGAACAAUCUCGGCCAAAAAGAGAUAAUGAGAUUGCUUCAGCCGUUCUGUACACCUAUAUUGAAAAAGGAAGGGGUCUGCCUGUUCUACAAAUGAAGAAGGACAAUCUGAAAGCGUUAGCUGUCGUGCAGGUUGGCGUUGAAGACAAUGUAAAGAAAAUUGGAGUAAGUAUUAGAAGAACUGUCCAAAUAUGUGUUACUUAUGGAGGAAGGGGAGGCGCUGAUUGGCACUUCCUUGUACCCUGUGAAAAUAUCUGUUUCAUUAAAUGGCCGUGCCAGAUUACAUUCUGAAUACAUCUUAUUUCUAUUUACAAAGCAGAAUAAAUAACGGAGAAGCAGAGUGGAAAAAGAGGUUCCAGUUCUUGAUAAGGAACCCACUUAAUGAGGAACUGAAGCUUAAGGUUCACAAUGAACACAAUAAGCCCAUCGGAAGUAUUACUGUGCGCCUAUCUAGCCUUCUGGCUGCUUCGGAAAUGACCUUGCAGGACUGGCUGCCCCUUGAAUCAACUGAACAGAAUAGUGAAAUCCGGGUGAAAUUACAAUUGAGGGUAAGUGGCAUACACUCUAUUGUAUUAAUAUCAUCUGUGCUAGAAUAUUUUCAGCUUUAAAAGACACUGGCAUAAACAGUAACAGGGGGGAGGCAGGCCCGG